AUGGUGGAAGCUGUUCUGAGCUACGUCGUGAAUCGGGUCGGUGACAUCCUCAUCGACGAAGCGGUCUUCCUGUAUAACGUGACAGAUCAGGUGGAAUGGGUCAAGGACGAGCUCCGGGCGAUGGAGUGCUUCGUGAAGGACGCCGACGCGAGGAGCAAGGGAGACGAAAGGGUGAAGAACUGGGUGAGGGAUGUGCGGGAAAUCGCUAAUCGGGCGGAGGACCUCGUCGAUUGCUUCGUCCUCGAUGCCCAGCGGAGACGACGACGGAGCGAGGGCUUCAUCCGGAUCACUGUGUGUUGCCUUCCUCGCCCCAGUGAUUUCAUCAUCCUCCGCCGAUUCGGUAAGGAGAUCGAGGCCAUAAAGGCCAAAAUCCACGAAAUUAAUGAACGAAGAACUACCUACGGAAUCCAGAACCUGGGGGGAGAGGCGCGGCGGCAGAUCGACGAGGCAGUCCGAGAACGGAGGCGGGUCGUCUCCACGCCGCAGAUGCUGAUGUGGUCGGCAUGGACGAGGAGAAGAACAGAAUAUUGGAGCAUCUGUUGAACGAGAGCAGGAAGAAGCGGUCCGUGAUCUCGAUUGUGGGAUUGGGCGGCCUCGGCAAGACCACUCUUGCUAAGAGAGUCUUCAAGGAAGCACGAGCCGAGUUCAAUCACUCGGUGUGGAUCGACGUCUCCCAGCAGUACUCCGCUGUGGAUCUCCUUCGAGACUUUCUUCGGCAGGUCACGGAGCUCGAAGAAGAGGAACUCGAGAAAAUGACGAGGGACAAACGCGAGGAGAGGCUUUACCAGACCAUCCGGGGGAAGAAAUACUUGAUCGUUAUGGACGACGUGUGGGACCAGCAGGUUUGGAGACUCCUCAAUCCGCAUCUCCCAGACGACGAGAACGGAAGCCUGGUGCUGAUCACCACCCGCUCCCUCGACGUUGCCAGAGCUGCGGACCCAUCUAUCCCUCCACACGAGCUGCGGUUACUAACCGAGGAGGAGAGCUGGGAGCUACUCUCCAAGAAGGCGUUCCCGAAUCAGGAUGAUAUCGAAACUGUCUGUUCAGAAUCGUUAAGGGAAGUCGGAAAACAGAUCACCAGGAAAUGCGGGGGCCUGCCUCUGGCGUUGGUGGUGCUUGGGGGUCUGCUAUCAACGAAAGGUCCGUCGCUCCGGGAGUGGAGGAGGCUCGCGGAGACCAUCGUUUGGGAAAACAUCGAAGAAAGCCGACUGUGCUUGGAUAUACUGGCGUUGAGCUACGCCGAGUUGCCCCAUCACCUCAAGCGUUGUUUCCUUUAUUUCAGUUCUUUUCCAGAGGACUUCGACAUUCGAAUCAACAAGCUGAUCAGAUUGUGGAUCGCGGAGGGCUUCAUCGAGCACAGAGCAGGAGAGACACUCGAACAAUCUGCAGAGUGUUACUUGGAGGAGCUCGUCCGGAGGUGCAUGGUGACAGUUGUGCAAGAUGAAUACCGCAGCCCGAUGAUCAGACAGAAGCCAAAAACUCGCCGAAGUUGCCGGAUUCAUGAUCUGCUGCACGAUUUUACAAUUGCGGAGGCUAAGGAGGUGGGUUUCCUCGUCUCCCGCCAGAUCCCAGACGACCGAGACGCCGUCCGACUGGACUCCUCCGUCCGGCGCCUUUCCCUUCACGGGGGAGCGGAGGACUACGUCUCCCAUGUGAAGUCCACCCCAAGACUGCGCACCUUAUUGUGGUUCAAUGCCCACCGGAGGGGGCUUAUAAGCUUCCCCAUUCCAGAACUGAAACUGCUCAGAGUCGUCGAUCUGGAGGGGGCACCACUCGCCGUACUGCCAGAAGAGGUUGGAGACCUGAAACAUCUUCGAUUCUUGUGCUUGAGAUUGACAAGGAUAAGGAAGCUUCCCUCUUCAGUGGGGAAACUAUGUCAUCUACAAAGCUUGGACACGUCUGGUACGGAGAUCCAAACGAUACCGAGAGUUGUGUGGAUGAUCGAGGCCUUACGGCACGUCCACAUUCCCGAAGUGCAGCCGGAGAUGGUAGAGACAGGCUUAAGACACUUGCAGGUGCUUAAGUUCGUCCGGGCCGGGAGCUGGAUAGAUAGCUGCCUAGGGACCCUUACCAAUCUCCGGGAGCUGGGACUAACAGGCAUCUUAAGAUGUCAUGACGACGCGCUGUCUUCUUCGUUACCGAAGUUGUCCCAUCUCAAGAAGUUGAUAUUGGAAGGCGUGUCGAUCCCAGACUGUGUAUGGACACCGUCCAGAUAUACUUCACUCGAAGUCUUAUACCUGAAAGGGGAAGUGACAGGGCCACAGCAACCUAGUUCUUGCGGCAACCAGUGGCCCCUCAAUCUCACUGAACUCAUACUAAGUGGAACCAGGCUGGAUCGAGGCUCGAUAGCAGCGCUUGAGAACCUCCCUGAACUCACGUAUCUGUAUCUAGGUCCUUCGUCCUACACAGGAAACGAUAUGAUCUGCUCCAGCAGCGGGUUCCCCCAACUGCAGUUCCUCGUACUUGAUUCGCUAGACGAGUUAGAGAGGUGGGUAAUUGAGGCUGGGGCCAUGUCCCGCCUGAGGAGCCUGAAGAUAUACAAUUGCAGAAGGUUGGCCAUGCUUCCGGAUGAGUUGCAACACAUGACUGGUCUAAAGGACCUCACUUUGUGGGAUAUGCCUCCUAAAUUCUGUUCUAGAGCUCGGAUGGAGGAAGAGGACUGGCCCAAAAUCCGGCACAUAUCUUCAAUCACCAUUUCAGUCAUUGGAGAGUCGUCUUCGUCGCAUUUUUCAGCGAGAUCAUGGAAAUCCUGUCCGGUUUAG